AUGUGGAGUUUAGGAGUGGUCAGAGAGUCUGUUAACAGGAAGGGGAAAAUUGAGACAUUUAAACCUCAGGAUGGAUUCUGGACUGUGAUUCUGAGGAAGGGGAAUGAGUAUACUGCUCGUGAUGAUCCCUGUAUCUCCCUCUCCCUGAGAGAGAAACCCCAGAAGGUGGGCGUGUUUGUGGAUUAUGAUGAGGGUCUGUAUUUGUUUUACAACAUUUUUCAUUUAUAUCCACCAGUUGCAGGUGAAUCCAGCAGCCUUCUGACUGAAGAGCAGUUACAGUGUUCUAUCUGUCUGAAAGUGUUCACUGAUCCCAUCACCACUCCAUGUGGACACAACUUCUGCAACAGCUGCCUCACACAAAUCUGGGAUACGAGUCAGCAUUAUUAUUGUCCAUAUUGCAAAGAGAAAUUCACCAAGAGACCUGAAAUCAAGAUUAAUAUAACACUGAGAGAGGAUGCAGAUCGCUUCAAGAAGAAAACAGUCUCAGAUAAGUCUCAGGUUCUUUGUGACAUCUGCACUAGUGUGAAGCAGAAGGCCUUGAAAUCCUGUCUGGAUUGUGUUGUGACAUUCUGUCCGUCUCAUUUAGAUCUUCAUAAUAUUAUAAAAAAUAAGAAACACAAAGUAAUAAAUGCAGUGGAGAACGUGGAGAAAUACAUUUGCCAGGAGCAUAAGAGACUUCUGGAGAUGUUCUGUAGAGACGAUCAGAAGUGUGUGUGUUGGUUCUGUACUGUGACAGACCACAAGAAUCACAACGUUAUUCCAUUAGAGGAGGAGAGUGGACAGAGGAAGAGUCAGCUGGGGAAAACACAGACGGAGCUGCAACAGAUAAUCCAGGAGCGACUGAAGAAGAUCCAGGAGAUUACUCACUCAGUAGAGCUCAGCAAAAGAAACACAGAGAAGGAGAAAUCAGACAGUAUUGAAGUCUUCACUGCUCUGAUUCGCUCCAUUGAGAGGAGUCAGGCUGAGCUGCUGGAGGUGAUGAAGAGGAAGCAGAAAGCAGCAGAGAAGCAGGCUGAAGGACUCAUUAAAGAGCUGGAACAGGAAAUCGAUGAGCUAAAGAGGAGAGACACUGAGCUGGAGCAGCUCUCACACACUGACGAUCAUCUGCACCUCCUACAGAUUUAUCCGUCACUGUGCAUCGCUCCACACACCAAGAACUGGACUGAGAUCAGGAUUAAAACUGAACCGAGUGUGGAAGCUCUGAGGACGGCUCUGUCUCAGCUUCAGAAGACUCUGAAUGAGAAACUCAGUGUAACUCUGAAUGAGAAACUGAAGGAAAAAGUCUCCACAGAACUGAAGAGGAUUCAGCAGUAUGCAGUGGAUGUGACUCUGGAUCCUGAUACAGCUUAUCCUCGUCUCAUCCUGUCUGAUGAUGGAAAACAAGUGACGUGUGGCGACACAAAGCAGAAUCUCCCAGACACCCCGAAAAGAUUCACUUAUCAUCCAAUUGUCCUGGGAAAUCAGGGUUUCUCCUCAGGGAGGUUUUACUAUGAGGUGCAGGUCAGUGGGAAGACUGAGUGGAGUUUAGGAGUGGUCAGAGAGUCUGUUAACAGGAAGGGGAAAAUUGCACUUAAACCUCAGGAUGGAUUCUGGACCGUGAUUCUGAGGAAGGGGAAUGAGUAUACUGCUCGUGAUGAUCCCUGUAUCUCCCUCUCCCUGAGAGAGAAACCCCAGAAGGUGGGCGUGUUUGUGAAUUAUGAUGAGGGUCUGGUCUCCUUUUAUGACAUCGAGGUCAUGUCUCAUAUCUACUCUUUCACUGGUCAGUCUUUCACUGAGAAACUCUAUCCAUACUUCUGUCCUUGUCCAAAUGAUGGAGGUAAAAACUCAGCACCACUGAUCAUCUCUCAUGUGUAAAAUUGAACCCUCACAAAAUCAGUAGUGUAUAAAAGGUCCAGAGUUAAAGAUAUUUUUUUCAAAACAGAUAUCACCACAUGAGUAAUGAUCAUGAAUUUUAAUAUCAUGUUAGGGUUAUCUGGAGUGUAUUUUGCAUGUCUAUUAAAAACAGAUCAAUGUAUAAUAAACCUUGAAUUCACCUUUUUAGUAGAGAAAUAAUUUCCUAAAAAAGCAUUAUUUUGUUAGUUGAAGUGUGUAUCCUAACAUUAUUCUACUGUGAGAAUAUACUGUGUGUGUGUUUGCAUUUAUAUUUAUAUAGUUUUAGGAUAGAACAUUGUGUGCAUGUUUUUUUGCAUCAUUUCCAUGAAAGGAGAAACAAUCGUAGGCUUCUGAAUCUGCCAGCUUGACCAGUUAAUUAAUCCUCUCAGUUAACUGUAUAGUUAAGAGUCUAAAAUGAUUUUAUUAUUCAUACUGGAAAAGGAACAUGUAGAAGUUUAACAGAGUUUGAGUACACCAUUUCUAACACCAGCUAGUUAGAGCCAACUAACACAAGCUAGCUAGAUAGCUAAGAACAGCCACACAACAUUGACACUCUUCAUGCUUGAA